AGGUGGACCGAGUAAAUUAAAAGAUGGCCAAAAUUCAACGAUUCCUUCCCUUCUCAAAGAAGCAAGCCGGAAAAGGGCCGAUGAUGGAAAUAAGGCCUUCCUCAAUUUCAAAUUUCCGCCAUUAAACUUCUUCUCGGACGUCACCGAUAUCACCGUCAUCCACCGUUCUUCUCUGAACCCGACCCCGUAACCCUACAAUAGUAUCAACCAUGAGCUCGAGCGCGAUGGCGGCCACGGCUCAGCAACACCAGUGGAGCGAGGAGGAGACGAGGGAGUUCAUUCGAAUUCGAGCCGACCUAGAGAGGGACCUGACGGCGGUUUCCACCGGAGAAGCUCCGGCCGCGAAGAAGAAAACACUAUGGGAGAUGGCAAGUGCUAGGAUGCGAGAGAGAGGAUUUUGGAGGACCGCUGAUCAGUGCAAAUGCAAGUGGAAGAAUCUCCUCAGCCGCUACAAGGGGAAGGAGACAUCUCAUAAAGAGUUUGACUGGCAAUGCCCAUUUUUUGAAGAAAUUCAUGAAGUUUUUGCUGAAAGGGGGAAAGCUAUGCAACGAUUGCUCCUUGAACCAGAAGCGGGUUCUAUUGCAACAAAGAAAAGGGUGAGAGAGAGAAGUUUAGAAGAAUAUUCAGAUCUCAAAGAACUCAAUGAAGACGAAACUGAGGAGGAGAUUCUCACUCAAAGCAACUCACAGAAAAGAAAAACUAUAAGAACACUCCCAGCAAAGUCUUUAAGAGCAACCGAUUCUAAAAGUUCUAGUAGCUCGGUUAGUAAUGAAAUUCUAGAAAUGCUGAAGGGCUUCUUCCAGUGGCAGCAGAGGAUGGAGAUGGAAUGGAGGGAAAUACAUGAGAGACAUUACAACAACCGUCGAUUGUUUGAGCAGGAAUGGCGUGAGUCAAUGGAGAAGCUCGAGAUGGAGAGGUUAAUGGCUGAGCAAGCUUGGAGGGAAAGGGAAGAACAGAGAAAGAAAAGGCAAGAUAUCCGAGCUGAAGGAAUGGAUGCCCUCUUAACAACCCUUUUUAACAAGCUCAAUCGCCAAAAUAAUUUAUGAGAUAAUGUGAAGACAAAGAGAUGCUUCAAAGAUACAUAGUUGAAGUAAUACUAUUUUUUAAUAUAGUAAAUAUGAAAAGGUUCAGGUUUCUUUUUUUUCUUUGGGAUGGCAGAUAGUACAUAUGCAAUUUUGUUUUACAAAUGUCUUUAGUCUGAUUGUAUGCAUAAAGAGAGAGCAGUUUUCUCCCAGGAAUUUAUAGCUCUUGCUUGAAAAAUGAAAUUGUAAUGUACAUUUUCAAGCUUAUCUCACUAAGUUGUGGAAGACAUUGGCCAUCUCAAAUUUACACUUCACAAAGUAUA